AUGAAGUCCCAGGCUGAAGGAGGGGAGGAGGCUCAGCGCGCUGGCGCUUCGCCCCAUCAAACACCUGGAGGUCAUGAAGAAGCUUUUGAUGAGCCUGACGAUGAACUGGAGGAGUUUGACGAGAUAGGUGGCGAAGUGCCGGUGGAUGCGGAGGUGAAGCAGUGGAGCGAAGACUGGGACGCAGCGGGAUGGGAUGAUGAGGACGCAGAUGAUGAGUUUUUAGAACGCUUGCAGCGAGAGCUAGAGACGUUUAAAACCAAUUACGCCAACAGGACAUCCCAAAUACGAAAGGCGGCUUGA